AUAUCGUCUGCUCUUUUUUUUUAAUGUUGCGUAAUAGACGAAGACGCGGGUAUUUGUAAAUGCAGUUCUUUUAGAAUAUUUUAAUUGUUUAAUUUACGAUGAACUAUCCACUUUAUUACUAAAUUUUCUAUUUCGAAAGAUUUUGGAAGCUAAGACAUGUGCGGUCGAACAGCUUGCACUCUUGAUCAGUGUGAAAUAAAGCGAGCUACUCGUCAGUAUUCGAAAAAUAAAGAUGAAUUGCAAUGGAUCCAAAAGUAUGAUUGGCAGAACUAUAAACCUAGUUAUAACUUUUCUCCUACUCAGAUAGGUCCAGUUAUAGUGAAUGGAGCCACUUUUGCUUCUGAAGAUAAAAUUGAUGACCAUGCACUUACUUUAAUGCGAUGGGGACUUAUUCCUUCCUGGUAUAAAGGAAGUAUUAAAGAAUGUUUCUUGAAAACCAACAAUUGCCGACAUGAAGGUAUUUUGGAUAAACCUACUUUCAGAGGAGCUGUUGCAGCUAAUAGGCGGUGUAUUGUUCUGGCUGAUGGAUUUUAUGAAUGGAAAGAAGUCGGCAACAAAAAGAAGCAGCCUUAUUUCAUCUAUUUUCCUCAAGAAGAGGGACCAGAAGUAUUCACUCGAAAUAAAGAAGAGUUGUUAACUAAAGAAGAAUGGAAAGGUCCCCAUCUCCUUACAAUGGCUGGCUUGUUUGAUGUGUGGAAAAGCCCUCAAAAAGAAACAUACUACUCUUAUUCCAUAAUAACUUUGGAUUCUUCCAAAACUAUGUCAUUUGUGCAUUCCAGAAUGCCGGCUAUUUUGAAUGGGACAGAUGAAGUUUCCAUGUGGUUAGAUACUAACAGGGUACCAACUAAGGAGGCCAUUUCUAUUCUAAAACCAAUAGAAGAUUUACAUAUGCAUCCAGUAUCCACUGUUGUUGGCAAUUCAAGGAAUAAUACUAUUGAAUGCAUUAAACCAUAUAAAGAAGUGGAAACAAAAAAAAGUACAGGACUAACAGCAUGGCUCAUAAAAGGAAACUCAAAAGAUCCACCAGCAAAACGUUUCAAACCAGAUUCUCAGGAAUAAAAAAGAAUCGCAUAUUCAUAAAUUUAUAUCAGCAUUUUUGUAAAAAUCAAACUCAUUACAUGAAGUGUAUUCUUUGAUUCUGAAUAAAAGAUUCCAUUUUUUUUUAUAA